GCGCCUGGAUGCUCGCUGGUCCGAGCGGGCGGCGGAGGAGCCGAGCGGCUGACGCUGGGUCCGCGCCCGCGGCCAUUUCCCCCUCCCCUCCUCCCCUUCCUCCUUCCUCCCCUUCCCUCCCCCCCGCCCAGCUCAGCCCGGUCAGGCCUGGCCCGGCCUGGCCCGGCUCCGAGGGGCGACGGGAAGGCUCCGGCGGAUGCCCAGACUGAUCUCCCUGAGGAGCUUGGCACAGUAUCUGAUACAUAGUGGUAUAUAUCUGCCUCUUAAAGUUUGGAAAAGGAAAAAACUUUUUGAGUAAUAAAGAUGCCUCCUAAAUUCAAGCGCCAUCUAAAUGAUGAUGAUGUCACUGGUUCUGUGAAAAGUGAAAGGAGAAAUCUUUUAGAAGAAGAUUCAGAUGAAGAAGAGGAUUUUUUCCUAAGGGGCCCAUCUGGACCAAAAUUUGGACCUCGGAAUGACAAAAUUAGGCAUGUACAGAAUCAGGUGGAUGAAGUAAUUGAUGUCAUGCAAGAGAAUAUUACAAAAGUGAUUGAAAGAGGAGAGAGACUGGAUGAGCUGCAAGACAAAUCAGAAAGCUUAUCAGAUAAUGCAACAGCUUUUAGCAACAGAUCUAAACAGCUUCGAAGACAAAUGUGGUGGCGUGGAUGCAAAAUGAAGGCCAUCAUGGCUCUGGUUGCUGUUAUCCUUUUGCUGGUGAUUAUCAUUCCUAUUGUCCUGAAAUACCGGACUUGAUUUGGUGACCAGAGAUCUUCAAUAAAACGGUUCUGGGACAAUUAAAAAAAAAAGAAGAUUGCUGCAUAAUUUAAUGAAAUAUAUAUGUGACUUUCAAAAGUGUUUUUUCUCAAGAAGUAAAAAGGCAAGUGUCCAGUUCAAAUUGGAGCAUUGAUAAUUUCCCGAUUAGCCUCCUCCCUUCACCAAAAUAUGCUCUCAUUAAUUUAUUUUAAAACAGAAACAUCUACUUUGCUAUGUUAUAGGAAUCUAAUUUGAAACUAGAUACUUGCCAAUACAUUAUUUGUAUAUAGAGUUAAACAUUGAUGAUGAUAUUUAUAAUUCAACACAAUUUCCUACUGUAAACUAGAGAGGUGGGGAUUUAUUGCAUCAAGUUCAGGGAUAGGGUGAGAGGUAAGAGAUGAAACAUUAUGUAAAAAAGUGAUGGCAACCAUUUAGUUAAUGAUUAUAAAAUGUAUAGUUUUUCUCAUGUAAAAAAAUUAGGUUUUGGAAAUGGUUUCCAUAUAUUUAUGGAGAUACUAAUGUUUUCAAUACUGCUACUUUCAACUGUGACUAAAGACAUUCCAGUAAACCUAUUUUGCCUGUAUGUAGAAUUUGUGACAACUUUUUUUUUUUUUACUUUGGGGCUAUAGUAGUAUAUUCUGAUCAAUUUUAAAGCACAAUCUGGCACAAUUAAGGACAAGAAAUGAGAUUGAAGGAAAGGAAAGCAUCAGCGGAGUGUUUGGGAAUAAUGGCUCCUACAUGCGGGCACAUUGCAAUAAAAAACAGCCAAUUUUUAUUUCCCUCCAGUAAUAAUUGGAGAGAAAUUAAGAGAUGAUGAGUAAAGGAAAUCCAUAGAUACUCAAUUUGUUCCAGUAUUUACCCUCAACAAACCCUCUUUCCAGAGCUGCUAACAAGUAACAAAAAUCAAUUGCUUUGACUUUGGCUACAGUUGCCUGCUCACCAUCUCUCUUAUGGUAGAUGUGCUAAUUUGCCAUGAGAUGGCCAAAAAUAAGCGGCAGGACCUAGGAGAAGCCCGCAGGAGUCUGAGCAAUCCACAGAUGGGAUCAUCUGUACCUGAAAAAUCACAUGCUGGCUAAUGUUGAAAGUUUAACAUUUUUCUUGACCUAUUUUCACUUAAUAAAUAAAGACAGGUUACAAGAUUCUUUUUUUAAAGCUUAAUCUGAGUUGUGCCAACAUAGUUGUAGUCUUCAUGCAAGCUGAAAAGAAAAUACAAAAUCCAUUUAAAAGCAUGGCAGAGUUCCACAAUGAAAACUGAAUGAUUUUACAGCAGCUUUGUCCAUGCAUCCUUGCAUCUAGAAGGCAUAUCUUCACAAAUUUUAAAUAUAAAGUAAGUUAUGAGAUGGAAAAUGGCAAUAUUUAAUAAAGAAAAAUGAGUCUGUAGGUUACUUGUUUAGGGAAUUCUGUUGCUUCAAAAUAUAUGAAAUACAGAAUUCAUUUUAUUUGAUUCUAUAGGGUCAGUGCUAAGAAGAGCUGUUCUGUUUAGAAUGGAGAGAUAUAUGAAGAGAGGAAGCAGUCUAAGUGACAUUCAAGACACCUGCAAGUGAUGAAAAUACUAAAAUAUUAUUGCUAUCUUUUAUAAUUUGCUAAUAGCAUUUUUAAGAACCAUUUCUACUUCCAGAGAUAAAUGUCUAUGUGCUAUGGAAUGUUCCCUGGCUUCCUUUUUGAGAUAUCAACUGGUAGAAACAUGGAUUGGGAUUCUGCUGACAAAAGAAAAUAAUUUUACCUUUAGAUUUAAAAGCAAGAAAUUAAAUAUUUUUACUAAAGCAGCUAGUGGCUCUGCACAAGAUAACAGCAAUGUUAAUUUAGGCCAAUUUUGGCUCACUUUAAGGAAAAACUUCUUGACAGAGACAUUCAAAAGUGGAAGGGGAUGUCUUGAGAGAUGGCGAGUUCCCUUCAUUAGAAAUCCUGAGCCAGAGACUCAGUAGUUAACUUGGAAAUGUAAAGGGGAUUUCUAUUUCAGAUGGGUGACUUCGGAGGUCCCUUCCAACAAUAUGAUAACAGCUAAGUGGGCAAAAUAAUGAUUUGUGUUCAUCAUUCAGUGGAUUUGCACAUCCUGACUCUGUAGAAAAAACCAACAGAUGAGAACCAAAAUGAUCAGCGUGGAUAUUUUCAGUAAAUUGUGUGGAAAUUUAGUCGAUCCAUUAUUAACAUCAGUAAAGGCAAAGGGUACUUCAUGUUACAUUCAGGAUCUGCAUUUCCAUUGUUAACUUUAGUGGAGAGAAUGUUACUACUUUUUAAAAAAAAUUGCCAAUAAAAAGUAAAGGAAAUAUUUAUGAGUUUAAAAAUAUAGUUAUAUUUUGCACUUCAAAUAUUGCAGGACUGGUGGCAGGAAUCUCACUAUCUUUAAAUCUCACUAAACUGUUCAAUGGUGUUAAUCUGCAUCUUAUUCAUACUUCCUUACUCAUGAUUGCCCAUUAUGUUUAUUAAAUGGCACAUUUUGUGAUGUUUAUGGUUA